GUCGAGGCGGCCUGUGAGAGAUCGACGUCACUCUGCCGCAUGGUAUUCAAAUCGCUCCGACCGGCGACAGUGCAUGUUAGGUUUCGGGAAAAUAUUGAAGGGAAACAAAAGUUGCGCCAGAGCGAAAAAUUAAAAGUCAGAAGAAGUCUUCUUCGCGCGAUUUGAAUUCAUACAGAGCUCCGAUUAACUUUCUUUCUAUAGUUUAUUGAGUAAUAAGGACUACUAAGUGGUCGCGAACAUUGAACAGUCGAGGAUUUCGUGUCUUCUUUAUAUCUUUUGAUGCGAUAAAAAAUAGAUGGAAGAACCUGUGAAAAGUGUUUAUAAUAAUUCACUUCUGAUGUUGGAAUAGAGCCACAGAUAUUCUCAAUAACAUGAAAUAGCAUAUUUUGUUUGAUUUUGCGUGGACAUAAUGGAUCAACAAAGUGCAAAUAUUACUAAUCGCACAAUCACACCCAUAAUCACUCCUAUUAGUAGCAACCGAGGAGUCUUAGUGAUACAAGCUACAGGAAAGCCAAAACUUUCACCUGGACCUCAGCAUGGAAUAUCAAAUCAAGGAGUGGCCACCCUUAUUGUUAUGUGUUGUGUGUUGACUAUCAUCAUGAUGUUCUGUUGCUUUGCCGCACCUGGUAUUAGAGAUCUUUGUAAAAGAUACGUCUUCCGUCAAUGUGUAAUAGAUGAUCCUGAAGUUAAUAAUGUAUGGACUAGAAGACGUGAACUAGCCGCUCAACACAAAAUCAUUAAUGAAAAACAGCAACAGAGGCGACUUAGUAGAAGCAGCGAACACCGUCAGUCCAGGCGUCACAGCAGCACCCGACGCCCACUCUAAUACUCCUACCCUUUGGGCGGAUGCUUGUGGUCGACAGAUCCAUGUUCCAAGCCUUCCAGUCUGAGCCAACUGGUCUGGAUUUCCUGGAACUCGGUAGGCACAUCAUGAGAAACCACAGUAUGAUCUCGGAGAGUACCCCCAGCAUCUUGGACUGCGACAGCACGAGCAAGGGUCUCACUCCAGAUUCCUUGGAUUUACAGCCCCCUUCUUACGAUGAGAUCUUGAGAAAGGAUCUGCCACCUGCCUACAGUGAAUUGAGUUUGAUGUUUCGAACACAGUGCUAUCCGUCUUCGCCAUAUUGCCCUUCGCUGCAAAGUAUCGAAAUGGACCAAUUGCGCGAGAGACAUCUUGAAAGUGAGAACGAAUUUUCAGAAAUGGAGUUGGUGUCGAAAUAACCCUAAUUUUUGUUAAUUAUGUUGAUACCGAGUGUUUUCAAAAGUCUUAUUGUUUAGGACUCAGGAUACUCAUAAUUAUAGUUGAAUAAAAUUUCACAACACCA